ACUUCUGGUCAUCAUUUUAACAUUAACUGUUUAUUAACUGCUCCUGAGUUUCUUCGCUGGAGUUAACAAGUUAAACAUUUCUGUUAACAGAAAUAAAAGACGACAGAAACUGUCUCGAACACCGAAGAUGGCUCAGGAAAACAUUUUCUUCUUCGUUCCCAAUUUAAUCGGUUACGGCCGCAUCGUGUUGGCUCUGCUGUCCCUCUACCUGAUGCCCCGCUGUCCAUGGACAGCUGUCUUCUGCUACAUGCUCAAUGUUGUGCUCGACUCUGUUGACGGCCCCGCUGCACGGGCGCUCAAUCAAUGCACUAAGUUUGGAGCCAUAAUGGACAUGCUGACAGACCGCUGUGCCACCAUGUGUCUGCUGGUCAACCUGUCCCUCCUCUAUCCCUCCUACACCUUCCUGUUCCAGGUCAGCAUGUGUGUGGACAUCGCCAGCCACUGGCUGCACCUGCACAG